AUACCCGUAUGUAUAUGCAAAACUGGAAUAAAAUCGCUGUGUAAACGUAGUCAGUAUGGUACACACGAGCGAGUAUAGAGUCGAGUUAUUUUAUUACCAGUGCACAUUUUUUUAAACGCGAUAGUAAUCAUGAGUGAUAAGUGGCGCAAAUAUUUGUUUUGGUUCGCUUACGAACAUGUUAAUUUUCGCAUCGCCGAAUUGGAAUCGAUCGUUUCUUUGUACCACAUUGAAUUCAGAACAAUCAAGCGACCUGAUGAUCACCCCUACUGGCUAGUGCUAUUACCAACCGAAGAUGUUGUUCAUAAAAUAGCGAGUAGAGCAGUUUCUCUACGUUUUUGUUUGGAGCUAUGGGGUCAUAGUACUUGUCUCAAUGUUUUACAUGAGCAACUCAAAGUCUGUCCAGAAGAGUGGCUUAGUCCUUAUAUGGGCAAGGACAAAUCAUUCAAAAUAGUUGUUGAAACGUUCUGCAAACACUUUACUCAGAAAGAGAAAGUGGAGAAAAUAGAGACUUUCAGUUAUCUACCUCUCGAAGGCCGAAUAAAUUUGAGAAAUCCUGACACAACCCUCUUUUACAUUGAACAUUAUGGUUUGGAUCCGAAUAACAUACCCGAUACACCUGAAGAAUUGUUCUUUGGCAGAUGGGUUACGGAUGGAAAGAGAGAUUUAAUACGAAAAUUAUCACUGAAAACACGAAAAUUCAUUGGGAACACCUCUAUGGAUCCUCAAUUAUCAUUGAUAAUGGCUAAUCAAGCCCAGGUCAAAGAAGGUGACAUAGUUUUAGAUCCAUUUGUUGGAUCAGGAUCGUUAUUAGUCGCCGCUUCACAAUUUGGUGCUUAUAUCCUUGGCACGGAUAUUGAUUUUUUAAUGCUCCACGCUCGUACCAGACCUAGCCGCAUAACGCAGAAGACGAGGACAGAGGACGAAAGUAUAGCAGCGAAUAUGAAGCAAUACGGCAAAGAGUCGUACUAUUUGGACGUCGUUGUAUCCGAUUUUUCUCGACCUCUUUGGAAAUCUGAUAUGCGAGUUGAUGCAAUUAUUACAGAUCCUCCUUACGGUAUAAGAGAGGCCACCGAACGCGUUGGAUCAGCAAAAUUGAAUCCUGUGAUCGAUGAACAUCAAGCUUCGUCACACAUACCGUCAAAAGUAGAAUACAAUUUACCACAAAUCUACGAGGAUCUCUUGAAUUUUGCAGCUCAGCACUUAAGAAUCGGAGGAAAAUUGGUGUGUUGGUUUCCACUUUAUAGGGACCAAUAUUCAGACGAACAAUUACCAGCACAUCCGUGUUUAACUUUGACUGCAAAUUCUGAACAAGUACUCAGUAAUUAUACGAGCCGGAGAUUAUUGACUUACGCGAAAAAUCGAGAGCCUCGAGAAUCCGAUAUAAUGUCUACAACAAACAUAGUGGAUUUUCGAGAAAAAUAUUUUGCCCUUCGCGAUGAAACGCGGAAGGAAAGGAGAUUGAGACGAGCCGAGGAGAGAGCCAAGAACAAGGAAGAUUGGGAGAGAAGAAAAAAUGAGAGUACGAGAAGAUGAUCUUAAAUUUUUGUACAUAACAAUUGUUUACUUCUUUUUUUUAAAUAAUUUUUUGAUAAGAUAAAUUGUGGAAUUACAAUUUUUUUAACAGGACGCAAUCUCGUCCGCAAUUUUAUUAUUCUCUGAUAUAUGAUGGUCUCCUAUGCGGGUUCACUUAUCGGAAUAAGUUUUUAUAAAUGCAGUUUUAUGUAAAUAAGUAAUAGCAUUAGUGGAGAUGAAAAAAAAAAAAACAGUAUGUUUGAAACACUGAAUGGGUUCGAUAAGAAAAAUGAAAAACAAAAGAAAACAAACACAUUGUCAUAAACAUUAUCCAACUUUUUAAAAAAUCGCACGGUUCACACGAUUCAUUUCGCUUUGGUAUAAGAUGGAAUGAAAUUGGUGAGCUUCACUUUCAAGUCUUAGGCAAAAUAGACGGAUCGUUAGAAAAAACGGAUUUUUCUUGAUACGAGGAGGGUAAACUAAUGUCUGGUACGUCUAUACAAUUUUAAUUAAAACGAAAUUUCAGUCAAUUCGAUUACAUUAUUUUUUAUUCUCCGUGGAGAAAAAAAGAAAAUGAUUCGUGGUUUGUAAUGUUUUAUUUCAUUUUGUCUGCUUUGAUUUAAAAAAAAAAUAAUAAUUUCGGAUACAAUAACAUUUGAGUGAUUUAGUGUUUCUCAAAUCAUCCGACCCGCUAUUAACGAAAAUAUCAUUAUUCAGUACUCCAAAAGUGCGUUGACAAAAAUUUCCAACAAAAUUCUGAUUUCUUGACAUAUUACUUAUUGUAACUAAUAUAUAACCAUAAUUAAAAAGAAUCUUCGAUAAGUAAUAAAUAACGAUCAAAUAAUUUGUAAUAGAUGAUCCAUGAAAUUAAUAUUUCCUGAUAAACACGUUACAAAUUCAGAAAUAUUAUUUUGAGAGUUACAUUCCGUAUAGUAAAGAGUAAAAAAUUAAUUUCUAUAGUUCGUACCUGUUUGAACAGUAUAGUUAUCGAGAAAUGAUGAUAGGGUCGAGUGUUUGAUUGGGAAUGUAUGUGGGAAAAAUUAAUAAAUUGGUUGUCAAAAAAUAAAAAACAUAAUUGAAAAGAGUAUAGAUGAA